CCCAAAAUCUUGCAACUUUCUGCACAUAAUCAAUAGUCUUCCAUUAUUUUCAAUUCUGUAACCUGAAUCCAUGGCCACGGUUUCCAUCGAUCCUCUGCUUCAGAAUCCUCGGCUGUUAUCUUGCCCGACUCCUGCAGCCAAGGUGUUGUUGACGAUAUCUUGUUCCUUCACUAGCUCAGUUAACUCUCGGAAUCGGAAGCAGCUGCUGCCUCGUCUCGUUGUUAGCUCCUGCAACUUCAAGUCUCGCCGGAGGAUUCACGCUGUCAGAGCCAGCUCCAGUUCCGUUGACGCGGCUCUCAUUGAAACCUUCGAGUCCGCCACGGACAUCUUCUAUAAGGAGACUUUUCCCGUUAAGCGUACUGAAAAGUUGGAGGGAAAGAUCUUCAUCAGGUUAGAUCAAGCCAAGGAUCAGAAGAAUUGGGAGCUUACAGUAGGAUGUAGUCUUCCAGGAAAAUGGAUUCUUCAUUGGGGAGUUUCUUACAUUGGUGACCAGGGGAGUGAAUGGGAUCAGCCUCCUAAAGGCAUGAGACCCCCUGGUUCAGUUCCUAUCAAAGACUAUGCAAUAGAGACUCCCUUGAAGAAAGCAUCUAAAGGAUCUACAUUUCAUGAAGUGAAGAUUGAUUUUAAUCCCAGCAGUGCAAUUGCAGCUAUACAUUUUGUUUUAAAGGAUGAAGAAACUGGAGCUUGGUAUCAGCACAGAGGCAGAGAUUUUAAGGUGGCUCUUGUGGACUAUCUUGAGGAUGAUGGCAAUAUGGUUGGAUCAAAGAGGGGUUUUGGUAUAUGGUCAGGUGCUUUGGGACAGCUUUCUAGCAUGAUUCUCAAAUCAGAGGAAUCAGAUUCUAAUGGUCAAGACAACAGCAGUGAAUGCAUACCUCCCAAAAAGGAUAAUAGGCAACUUGAAGGAUUCUAUGAGGAGCAGCAUGUUACAAAAGAAGUAGCUUUUGGCAACUUAGUGAGUGUUGCUGUUAGGAAGUGUCCAGAGACAGCUAAGAAUAUUCUGUAUAUAGACACUGAUGUACCAGGAGAUGUCAUUCUUCACUGGGGAGUCUGUAGAGAUGAUGCUAAAAUAUGGGAAAUUCCAUCUGGCCCACAGCCACCGGAAACAACUCAAUUCAAGAAUAAGGCGUUGCGGACUCUAUUGCAAGCCAAAGUAAAUGGAAAUGGGUCACAGGGAAUAUUCACUAUAGAUCAAGAAUUUGUGGGAUUUUUAUUUGUUGUCAAGUUGAAUGACAAUACUUGGUUGAAAUUCCAGGGAAAUGACUUCUACAUUCCCCUUUCUCAAUUUAGUAGUGUUCAAGACCAACAAGAUCAAACUGACAAUUCAAGGAUAUCUGAAAAGACUGCAGAAGCAAAUGGAGAUCCUUCUCCUAAAGUAUACACAGAUGGAAUCAUAAGUGAGAUUAGAAACUUGGUUACAGGCCUUUCCUCUGAACAUGGUCAGAAGACAAAAACAAAAGAAGCACAGGAGAGCAUUCUUCAGGAAAUUGAAAAGCUUGCUGCCGAAGCCUAUAGCAUAUUCAGAAGCUCUGUUCCAACCUUUUCAGAGGAAGCUGUUUUGGAAGCCGAGAAACCAAUAACGCCUGCUCAAAUAUGCCCUGGAACAGGCACAGGGUUUGAAAUAUUGUGCCAAGGUUUCAACUGGGAAUCCCAUAAAUCUGGGAGAUGGUACAAGGAGAUCAAAGACAAAGCAGCUGAAAUUUCUUCCCUUGGAUUCACUGUCAUUUGGUUACCACCACCUACAGAGUCUGUGUCACCUGAAGGGUAUAUGCCAAAGGAUUUGUAUAACUUGAAUUCCAGGUAUGGAACUAUUGAUGAGUUGAAGGAGCUCGUGGGAACACUCCACAAAGUUGGGUUAAAAGUUUUGGGAGAUGUUGUUUUGAACCAUCGCUGUGCACACUAUCAGAAUCAAAAUGGUGUGUGGAAUAUUUUUGGUGGCCGCUUAAAUUGGGAUGAUCGGGCUAUAGUGGCAGAUGAUCCUCAUUUUCAGGGCAGGGGCAACAAGAGUAGUGGAGAUAAUUUCCAUGCUGCUCCCAACAUUGAUCAUUCACAAGACUUUGUGAGGAAGGAUAUCAAAGAGUGGUUGCACUGGCUGAGAGAUGAAAUUGGCUAUGAUGGAUGGAGGCUUGAUUUUGUCAGAGGAUUUUGGGGUGGUUAUGUUAAGGACUACUUGGAUGCAAGUAAACCUUACUUUGCUGUAGGUGAGUUUUGGGAUUCGCUCAGUUAUACAUAUGGUGAAAUGGACUACAACCAAGAUGCACAUCGACAGAGAAUUGUUGACUGGCUUAAUGCAACUAAUGGAACUGCUGGUGCAUUUGAUGUCACAACGAAAGGGAUUCUUCAUGCAGUGCUAGAAAGAUGUGAAUAUUGGAGACUGUCAGAUCCAAAAGGAAAGCCUCCUGGGGUUGUUGGAUGGUGGCCUUCUCGUGCUGUUACCUUCAUAGAAAAUCAUGACACUGGUUCUACCCAGGGUCAUUGGAGGUUUCCACGUGAGAAGGAAAUGCAAGGAUAUGCAUAUAUCUUGACUCAUCCAGGAACACCUGCAGUGUUCUUUGACCACCUUUUUUCUCAUUAUCGAUCUGAGAUAGCUGCUCUUAUUUCUCUCAGAAACCGAAACAAAAUCCAUUGCCGGAGUCCAGUUAAAAUUGUCAAGGCGGAAAGGGAUGUAUACGCGGCCAUCAUCGAUGAAAAGGUUGCAAUGAAGAUUGGACCAGGGCAUUUUGAACCCCAGAACGGACCUCAAAAAUGGGCUCCAGCGAUUGAGGGAAGGGAUUACAAGGCUUGGGAAGCAUGCUAAGCUAUUUAUCAAAAUCAUUAUGUUGCUGAAUUUAUAUAUUCUAUACAAACCUUCACCACAGAGUUCUCAUUACUGUAUCUUAAAGCUCAUUGAAGAGAACCAAACCAGCGUAGUACUUGUUGCUGGUAUAUGUUACGGCUGUACCAUUCUUGUAUAACAGUUUUUUUUGUCAGAUGAUAUUCAUCCAGAUAACUUGACUGAGGCCAGGGGGUGGUGGAUGCACUGAAAUACAACAUUGCACCUGGGACCGGCAUAUACCAUAUACCAUAUUAUUUACUAUUUUUUUACACCAUUACAAUAAGUUAUCUUCUGAAUAAAAAUUAUGGGAUAGCAUUGAUACGUUGUUUUAACAAUUGCGUUUUUUGCAAGAAAACUGUAGACUAGAACAAUUGUAUGUAAUAUUGCAUUCUUAUUAUAAAGAAUAAAUUGAACA